AUGAGACCCGAUGAUCAUCGCAAAUUUGGCACGUUUCCAGCCAAGUCAGGAUCUGGUGGUCCUGGAAAAUUCAGCGCUCCGAAGUUUACAGAGGGAAAUAAAUUUCAGCAAAUGGCCACAUUCAACAAGCAACAAGAGCAAUCUGGCGAUUUUCGCGGUGCUCCCCAAAAUCGAAAAAUCCAUUUCGGCGGAACGCCAAAAAUGCAGUAUCGCGAGGGCGGAAAGUUCUAUAAGCCACCGCCAGGAGCCGAAGCUUCUGCUGCUGCUGCCGGAAAUUUCAAAGACAAAAAAGGCGGAAAAUUUGAAAAACGAGGAGCCAAAUCUGGAAAGUUUGGAGACAAGAAAGGCGGAAAAUUCGACAAAAAAGCCAAGGGCGAUCCUGUGAAGGGCACAUCUACCGAAUAUGAGCAACUAGGGAAUUCAGAUGAGGAUGACGACGUCAUUGAUGUAUCCGACAUGUUUGAGAAGGAGGAAGAAGAAGAAGUUCCGAUGAUCAAUUCUACGAAAAAUGCUCUCAAAUCCACUAAAAAAUCGGCGCCACCACCCGUUGCACCUUCGAAUAAUCGAUUUGCAGCACUGGCAGAUGAUGAUGACGUGGAAGACGACGAUGAAGAGGAGCCGAAGCCAAAAAAGAAGAAGACGUCAGCCGAUUCUGAUGAGGAGGAUUCUGAAGCUCUUGAAGAGGAUGAAUCCGAAGAGGACGACGAAGAAGAACGCUUGAAAUUCCGCGAAGAAAUCGCCCAGAUGCCCCUAGGCAAGGUAAAGGAAAUGAAGGAGAAAUUGGGCAUCAAACUGUUCAACAAGACCUAUUUCGGAACAUCGGAAGUUGAUAAAAAGCGGCAGGAAGUGAAAAAAGUCGAAAAAUCUGCUGAAAAAGGAGGACAACAUCGGCCCAAAGAGAUUUCUUCGAAACGACCGGUUUCAGCGUUCCGAAAUAUUUAUGGAGAUCAUGAGAAGGGUACUAAGAAGAGAAAAUGGGACCCACGCUUCGACUCGCGAGCCGGCGACUUCAAAGAAGUUUGCUUCGAGAACAACUAUCAAUUCCUCGACGAGAUUCGAACCGGGGAAAUGCAAGACUUGAGGAACGAGUACAGCACGGCGAGAGCCGAAGGAGACGAGCACAAGGCGGCGAGGUUGAAAAAUACGCUCCAAAAAAUGGAAACGCGAGAAAAGACGCGUGCCGAGAAGCGUCGACAAGCCGAGACCCGAAAAGAGCUGCACGACGAUAACAUUGAACGAAUGCUACGUGGCGAGGCGCCCAUCUUCAGAACCAAGGCGCAAGUCCGUCGGAUUGACGCUGAGAAGAAGUAUGAGGAGCUCAAAAAGGGCAACAAGCUGGACAAGUAUCUGCAGAAGAAGGCCAAAAAGGAGUCGGCGAAACAGAAGAAGGCCCGACCACCGUUUGAAGGAUAUGGAUACGGCAAUUAG